AUGCGUAAAUACACACGUUUUGAUGACGUAGAUGGUGAAGUAAACGGAGACGACCAAGAUGAAUAUCUGACAGAGUUCGAGUGGGUUGACUGGAAUGAUUACAGAUUAAUGCAAGAAGACGCCAACAGGACUGGAUUAGGCGAACAUGGAGAUGCUGUAGAUUUGGGGAAGAUUAAAAAGUUGGACGAGAAUGAAACGAAACUAAACGCUAAAUAUAAAUACAAUGUUGUAUUGGGUGAUAUGAUCUCACUGGAGAGGUCUAUAGGAGACCUCAGGACAGCAGCUUGCAAGAAACAAAAGUUUAUCAAAAACAUUCCACGCAACUCUGUCAGCAUUAUCUCUGUGUUUUAUAACGAAAGAUUAUCGACCCUACUUAGAACACUACACAGUAUCUCUAAAAGGUCUCCUGCUUCAUUACUGAGAGAGGUCGUUCUUGUGGAUGAUACUAGCAGUGACGAAGAACUCAAGAAACCGCUUGACGAUUACGUCAGAACACAUUUCCCAAAGGUGAAGGUCGUUAGAAAUCAACACAGGGCUGGUUUGAUACAAAGUCGGAUGAUCGGAGCAGACGCCUCAACGGGCAGGUAUCUCGUUUUUUUGGACUCUCAUAUGGAGGUCAACUACAACUACCUGCCCCCUCUGAUAGAGCCAAUGGUUUUCAACUUUAGAGCCAUCGUAUGUCCCAUGGUGGACUUUAUCAACGCGGACACGCUGCGAGUGGACGGAUUGACCACCAGAGUCCGCAGUGGUUUCGACUGGAGUCUGUCGUACAAGAGAAUACCGCUGAUAAAAAUGGACGACACAACCCCUCAUCCAACCCCAACAAUGGUGGGAUGCGCAUUCGCCAUCUCGCGCAAGUGGUGGGAUGAAAUAGGGAAAUACGACCCCGGGUUGCAGAUUUGGGGCGCGGAGCAGUACGAGAUCUCGUUUAAGUCCUGGAUGUGUGGCGGAAGUGUGGUGGAUGCGCCGUGCUCGAGAAUCGCGCAUCUCUUCCGGCCACUUCCUUACGUACAUGACGUUGUUGCAGACGAUAUUAUUGAAAAGAACUUGCUACGUCUGGCGUCUGUCUGGAUGGACGGGUACAAAGAAGUCGUCAUGGCUCUACGGCCGAGGAUGAAGAACAUUGACCCAGGAAACCUAACGAGUCAAUUUGAAAUUCGCGAAAAGUUAAAGUGUAAAUCUUUUCAGUGGUUUCUAGAAGAAGUGGCACCAGACAUCCCUCAAUACUACCCUGUUGUCACUCCACCUUCUGUAGCGUACGGGAAAAUCCGAAGUAACAAAAAUAGCUCAUUGUGUAUUCAAACAAAAGACGACUAUUUAUAUUUGGUCAGCUGUGAAGACCAAUCAGUCACCACUUAUAAUUUUGACUGGAGGUACCACAUUGUAAGCGGCAAAUGUUUUUCUAACCCCGGUUCAGAGUUCAUUUACAUGUUUGAGUGUUUGGACUUUGAAGACAGAUACACUGAGCUUUUUGCAUUUAAUCGUCACAAUGGGCGCAUCGCCAAUUUGCAGACUCGAUUAUGUUUGGAUUUUGAUAUCGAUACUCUCAAAAUGAAGAUGAAACCAUGUGACGAUACUUCACUUACCCAAAGCUGGACACUGGAAAAUGUCAAUACGACCCUUGCUGACCAAUUCUGGGCUAGAUACCAGGCGGUCAGCUAUCUUUACAAGUAA